UAAACUAUAAACAUGAUAGAUUGUGGAGAGAAUAAAUACUCCAACGCCCAUCUGCCAUGCAACGUUUAGGGGGAAAAAAAAAAAGGAAGACUAGAAACAGUAUGACUACUCCUUACCACCAAAAUGUACCAUGCGUAGAAUCAGCACCUCCGGGUUGGUGACCAGGAAGAGCUCUGGGACCCAGACACGUUCCUUGGACUUUUCUUCUUUUUAUGAUCAAGUAAAGAAAUCAGGAAGAUCUUUGACGUCAGUUAAGUGGCAGCAUAGCCCAAAAGAUUGGAAUGUAGGUGAAAAUAGGGUAAUAUACACAAGCAGACGAAAAGUAACAAUUGGGAAAAGGACUGUAAAGUAUUGGAGAAGGAAGGGAAUGGCGAAGUUGGAAGUUAAAACUCUAAACCCAGAUGAUGCCGCUAGUGCGUUGCGUGGUCAGGACAGUACAGAAUUUGGAUUGGCGGGAAGGAAGACAAAGCAGAGGAUGUGGAAGAGCCUGCAGGUGAGGGACAAAGGGUGAUAAAAUAGGAAGAAAGUAGAACCAAGUCAUAAAGAGACUUCUGGAACAACGAUCGUAAGUUUGUCAUCGGCUGGAAGUGAGGUACUCUUCAGAGAUGGAUGAAUUACAGAAUUGAAGGAGCAUGGGUCCCUGAGUCACUGCAUGGAAGGCAGCCCCUGGACAUCUGACUGAACUUUACAAGAAAGGCCAUGUGAGGACACGGCAAGAAGGCGGCCAUCUGCAAGACAGAAAGAGAUCUCACGAAAAACCAACCCUGACAGCACCUUGAUCUGGGACAUUCACCUCCAGAAUUGUGAGAAAAUAGGUGGAUCUCGAGCGAAGCUUCACAUUUCGGAACUCGAAGCAGACCUACUCGGGGAUUCCCAUCAUUGUGGCCAACAUGGACACCGUGGGGACGUUUGAGAUGGCAGUGGUGAUGUCACAGCACUCCAUGCUUACAGCAGUUCACAAGCAUUACACCCUGGAUGACUGGAAGCUCUUUGCCGCUAAUCACCCAGAAUGUCUGCAGCAUGUAGCCGUGAGUUCGGGCAGUGGGAAGAAUGAUCUGGAAAAGAUGAGCAGCAUCCUGGAAGCCGUGCCGCAGGUCAAGUUUAUUUGCCUGGAUGUGGCCAAUGGAUACUCGGAACAUUUUGUGGAAUUCGUGAAGCUCGUCCGGGCCAGAUUUCCAGAACACACCAUUAUGGCAGGGAACGUGGUGACGGGAGAGAUGGUGGAAGAGCUUAUUCUUUCAGGAGCAGAUAUAAUCAAAGUGGGCGUUGGACCAGGUUCCGUGUGUACCACCCGCACCAAGACGGGAGUGGGGUACCCGCAGCUGAGUGCUGUGAUCGAGUGCGCAGACUCGGCCCACGGCCUGAAGGGGCACAUCAUCUCGGAUGGAGGCUGCACGUGUCCAGGAGAUGUCGCCAAAGCCUUUGGAGCCGGAGCAGAUUUUGUCAUGCUGGGAGGGAUGUUUUCGGGCCACACUGAGUGUGCUGGAGAGGUGAUCGAGAGGAAUGGACAGAAGCUCAAGCUGUUCUAUGGGAUGAGCUCAGAGACAGCGAUGAAGAAACACGCAGGAGGGGUUGCGGAGUACAGAGCCUCUGAGGGCAAGACCGUGGAAGUGCCUUACAAAGGGGACGUCAAGGACACUAUUCUGGACAUACUCGGAGGACUGAGGUCUACCUGCACCUACGUAGGGGCCGCCAAACUCAAAGAGCUCAGCAGGAGGGCGACGUUCAUCCGGGUGACCCAGCAGCACAACACCAUGUUCAGCUAACCUCGAGAUCAAGGACGAGACGACCUCCAGCCGCCGGAAGCGUCUGCACAGGCCUGCUUUCCCAUCCCCCUCCUCCUGGGACGGCAGAGGUUCGGGCUGAUCCCAGAAGCAAGGCACUUCCUGGGUCAGCGGUUGGAGCUUAGCUGCCCAGAACGUGUAACCUCCUUGUUAAAACUAACACUCACGCCUUUUUCUUUUCUUUCCUUUUUUUUUUUUUUUUAAGAAAAUGGUUUCACUUUAAUAUAAUGCUAUGAAGACUU